AUGCCUGGCGUCCCAGAGUGUCCUUCAAUGGUUAGUUGUUGUCCCGAAGUUGAGGCUUGCGCAGUCAUCCCGUACGCAGCAUCUCUCUCUGCAACGUCUCAUACAGUAGUACCAAGCUUCAAGCCGCAACCGAUCCUGGGAUGGAGAGGGUUCCACGUUUGUCCGAUGGAAUCUAUCGACCAAAGAAAUGAUCGGAAAUUCGCCGACAGGCUGCAUACCGUCAUUCAACAUCGUUCGAUAAACCCGUGGUUUAUGCCGCGGACGGAAACCAUGAUUACCCCGCAAUCUAUCACAGUUCACUUCGUAUCUAAUGGACCUCAGGUUGACUAUUACAAACAACCUGAACUACUGUUUGGGAAUAAUGAUGGUAGGGAUGCCGUCAGCGAAUUUUGCUAUACACCGCCAUAUUUCCGGUGUCGGUCUGCUGUGUUAACACUCAAUACUGAUCUGACCGUCUAAGCCCCCACGAACCUGACGGGUUAUUUGGUAUACAGACCGAGACUCAUGAGUUGAGAAAGGCUAUAAUAGAAAUCAGCACUGGAAUCAAUGGCUGAGAAAACAUAAGUUAGCUGCGACUUGAUUGCUGCCUUGUAUCCGAUCCAGAAUAGACAUUAGUUUCGACCUCUUUGUCAUGCUGAGCAAGAUUAUGUGCAUAUAAAAUCAAAUUGUCGGCGAUGGGCGAAACUUCAGCCUCCCCUAUGCGGCGUUGUGAUUGGC